AUGGCGCCGCGAAUACCCAUGCUGCGCUCGGCGCUGCUCCAACGUCCCAUAUACCGCACGGCGCGCCCGUACUCGACGAAAGCUCCGAACCCUACCAGCCAGUUCUACAAGACGUUUACCCGACCGAUUGCCAAAGUCAUCCUCGGCGCCGUUCUUACUUAUCAGCUCGUGUACUGGGCCUGGGUGAAACUUGAGACGGACGAGAUAAUAGCGGACACAGCCGAAACCAUAAAAGGUCUAGAACGUAAGGUGGAUGAAUAUAAGAACAAGACUGCGUCCGACAGCAAGGCAAAGGGUUCGUAA